AUGGGGAGUUUUAGGAAAGAGCAAGUGAAAGAAAUAGCACUUGGAUUGAAGCAAAGCGGGGUAAGGUUCUUGUGGUCAUUACGGAAGCCACCACCAAAGGAUAAACUUGAAAAUCCUAGUUAUUACAAGAGUGAUGAUCUCCAGGAAAUCUUGCCAAAUGGGUUCUUGGAAAAAACAAAGAAGGUUGGUUUGGUGUGUGGAUGGGCACCACAAAAGGCGGUGUUGGCACAUAAAUCAGUGGGAGCAUUUGUGUCACAUUGUGGGUGGAAUUCAAUCUUGGAAAGCUUGUGGUUUGGUGUCCCAAUUGUGACAUGGCCUAUGUAUGCUGAGCAACAGCUUAAUGCAUUCCAACUGGUGAAAGAUUUGGGACUGGCUGUGGGGUUGAAAUUGGAUUAUAGGAUCAUUAAGGGGGAAGUUGUGGUUGCAGAUGAGAUAGCAAGAGCUAUAAAAUGUGUGAUGGAAAGUGAUAAUGAGGUGAGGAAAAGGGUCAAAGAGAAGAGUGAAAAGAGUAGAUUAGCAGUGAUGGAUGGUGGAUCUUCAUAUGCUGCAUUUGGAGGCUUAAUUGAUAAUAUAUCCAGAAACAAAGCACAUAAGAAGAAUAGUACUCUUUAG